ACACACACACACACACACACACACACAAAAAAAAAAAAAAAAAACUGUCUUCCGUAAAACAUAUCUGCCCAGCACCAAGCAAUCUACCUUGUGGGCACCGCCCCUUAUUCCCUCAUGUACUUAUUAUUAUUCCAUCACUCCCGCUAGCCUCAUGAGUACUACCCUUGAUAUCAAUAUUCUGUUGUUUUUCUAGCCACCAUGCCCAUCACACCACUCCCGGAUGAUGCUUGCCGGCGGAUCGGCUCGACUUUGAACAUUACCUCAACUUUCAUGGUCUUGAAGGAACUGCUGGACAACGCUCUGGACUCGGGGGCACAGACCAUACAUAUCAGUGUUUCCCCAAACACUGUAGACAAGAUUGAAGUGAGGGAUAAUGGAAGCGGUAUAUCAUCCUUUGACUUCAACGCCCUUGGCCGCCCUUCGCAUACGAGCAAGCUCAGUUCCUUUGAGGACAUCGACAAGAUUGGUGGGAAAUCCCUUGGAUUUCGUGGGACAGCCUUAGCCAGUAUCAACACGGUAGCAACCGUUCAUGUGAUCACGAGAGUCGGAUUGGAAACCCCUCAAAUGAUUCGGCUUGCUGACAACGGCGGCGUCGAAACUCAAAGCGUACACGCUGCUGAGCAGGGUACUACAGUCACAGUCACCAACAUUUUCUCCAAUUAUCCCGUCCGAGAGCGAAUCGCGAGAAAGCCGGUGGAGAUAUCGAAGAACAUCGAGAAGAUGAGACACUUGGUUCAGGCUUGUGCGUUUGCGAGACACCCGCUUAGGAUACACUUUGCAGUCUUACAAAACCCCAAUCGGUCUCUGAGGAUAUCUCCACAUCCAGGCAAGGACAUUAUGGAAACAGCUAUCCAGAUCUUCGGUGUUCAGAAGGCAUCUCAGUGUUUUGUCCGAACGUGGCCGGACAGACCAGAUCCCAACACAGGCUUGCCGGGCGAAGAAAGGAGCAGGCGACACGUGUUUGAAGCGAUUCUUAUGAAACCAGAUGUCGAGCACAGCAAAAUUCCGAAGGGCCUAUUCUUCUCUGUCGACUCCCGCCCCAUUUCAGCCACUCGAGGAACCGGGAGAAAACUGACCAUGGCGUUGAGAGAAUGUUUGAGACAGUCUGUCUGUCCACUAACUUCGGCAGGUGUCCCCAAGGAUAUUUUCAUCUGUCUGAACAUCUGCUGUUCUCUAGGAUGGUACGAUGUCAACAUAGAGCCAGCCAAGGAGGAUGUUUUGUUUCUUCAGGAAGACCAAUUGAUCAGUGACUUCAAAACAUUCCUGCGGGUGGUCUACCCCAGUAGUGUCAAUGAGGGACAGGGUCGUGAAAAUAGGGGGGAAGUGUUGGAAGCUUGUUCACACUUGGAGGAUGGGAUUGGUAGGCAGGGGAAUCACCGCCCGGAUGAACCCAAUAGCACAUCAAUUGCCGACCAACAUAAGAAACAUGCGGCAGCCGCGUUACCCCUUUUGCACUCGUCACGAAUCAGAGGGGACGGUGAUGGAGAGAUGAGCCCACAAGAUAAUGACAAUCACCGGGAUCUUUUCACCGGCCAAGCGAGUUCGUGGACGGUUGAUAUGUCGGCUCCGGUAGACGGAUCGGAUGGUGACUUUGACAUGGAGAGUCAGAACGAAUUGGGCCAACCUGUGUGUCCAACUCUGGAAGAGGAGAGCAACACCGACACCCAAAGCCAAGAAGAAAGUCGGCAGCGUUCAGAGUCUCAUGUGGCCGACGGACAUAACGCUUUGGCAGAGCUCAACCCGUGGUCUAUUGCAGCUAUGGGAAGUCUCAAAAGGCGCCCUCUUCCCUCGGGCCGCCCGGACAACAAGCAGUUUCACGAGAAACAGCCGACAUUAUCCAGAGUGCCUCCACGUGCAGAAGCUACGGGUAUUAGGGGCCCAGCCCAAUCUCAUCAGCGAGGACUGCCUAUUGCGAGACUGAACCCUAGCUUCAAGCUCCCAGUCACGCCAUUGACGCCGUCACCAUCUUCCGAGCCAGACCAGUUGAUCCCACCAUCACUUCGGCCGAGCCAUGGUAAUACGAGCCACCCGACGUAUAAAGAUCGCCUACUGCCGCGCCGCAUCUACCCUCACGUGUCAAGGGCAGCCAGACUACUCAUCGGUGGGUCUUCAGACAACGCAGCCCAAAGAUUGGAAGUGCCUCUUGGCGAGACUCCAAUGUCAUCAAAUGCGGACCAAAGAACCUCGUCACAGCCUCUCCACAUACCAAAACGACAACAGAAUCAGCAGCGUAACCGAGUAACUCGGGGAGUUUCGGUUGAAAAUGUCCUGUCAUCAACUGGAGAUCCCAAUGAACAUAGCUCUAGUGACUCUGAUGAUGUGACAACGGAACUCCAUAGCUCCGAAAACACUGAUUCAGAAGACGAGACUGCGGUCAGCGGUCAGACAAAUCCUGGAGCACGGCAGCAUAGAAAUGGCGGUGAUAUCAGGAAGCAUUUCGAAAAGCGGUAUCCUGAUAUGAGGAGAGCAGAUGGUCACUCGAAACAAGCCACGCUCCCUUUUGAGAAGCAUAGAAACAACGUCGAAGGCGACAGUGAUGGCUUGUCCGUUGCCGUUGCGCCGUUACCACAAUCGCCGAUUCUGCCGACAGGCCCAGCUUUCUUCAACAGUGCAAGACCGCCGGCAGCCUAUUCGUUCUACCUGCGUGUUCAAGACAUCGAGACGGUCGACACUCCCCCUGACGCUGCCGACAUCAACACAGCAGCUCUGCUAAACAUGCGAGACGUCGAUGCUCCCGACAUCCCAGUUACACCCAAGCCCCCUUUCCAUCCAGAGUCGCCAUCUGAGCCCCGUGGCGUCCGAGCCCGUGGCUACCAUGAUCGGCCCCGGCAUGCGGCCGAUGGGUUGUCCGUAUCUUCGGUCGUCGCCAUGACGGGUCGGAGCCCUUCGCCUGACAUCUUGUCGUCCGAUUUUGUCCGCCAUACAGGCCCUCGUUCCCGGCUAUCCGAACUGCGGUCCUUCCUCCGCCUUCCCGCUGUGUUGAUAUUGCUGUUGAGCCCCAUCACCCGUCCGGCUGCCGCUGCCUCCGUGCCGUUCGAGAACUGUCUAUCAGACACCUACAGAAACAGUCAACCGCCAAAGCUGCAGUGGGAACCCAUACACAUCGAUGCUACUUUCGAAGCAACCGAUAGGCACUCUCUUCGGGUUACGCUGUGGGGGAAUGUGACGGGCUCGUACACACCGGUGUCAUUGCCGCCGGCGACCAGUCCGGACUGGGCUGACCCGAAUAAAACCGACGGCAAGCUUCUGGGGGUGCCCGACGUAAAUAAGUUCACCACGUUGAGAGCCAGGAUCAAAGUCUUGACGUAUGAACCUUGGUCCAAUCUUACCGACUUUUGCAAUGAUGAGUUGAAGAACGGAGCAUGCCCGCUUGGGCCUGUUUUUGGCGACUGGAAUGGAUCUGACUUUGGCCUAGUCAAAGACAAACUGCCGUUUGUGUCAAUCAGCAACGAUUUCUACUCGUCGUAUGCUUUUGGAUCGUUCUCGACGUCCUUUGAGGUUAUUUAUGGUGAUCAGGCUGAAAUCAUCACUUGCGUGACAGCUAACGUGACGCCAGAUCUGGGAAGUUUGGCUUGGAUGUUGAAAUUCCUACCCCUGGCUGUUCUGGUGUUUGUGGGUGCGGCAACAGUAUUUGCAGCAGUUUUCAGCCCCUGGGGAACCAGCGAUGUCUUCCACUGGAGCUCCAACUACGGUCGUGACCCCGAUCUCCUUCGACUUGUCACCCCUGGUUUUGGAGAUUGCCUUCAGUACAUUCAGUUCGUCGUCCUCACUGGCGGCCUGACGCUAAACUACCCAGGAUUCUACCAGCCUAUCGUCAGUCAGGCAGCGUGGUCAGUACUCAUGUUCAACCAGAGCUUUGUCACGCAGGACCCUGGAUGGGUCAGUCUUCGGGACGGUAUUUAUGUUGCAGACGGUGCAUUUGGCUUGCAACGCCUCGCCCAACUGGCCGGCAUGGCGAACCCUGAGGAUAUAUGGACUGGCACUAUUAUCUGGGUGUUGGUCAUCAUUGCCGCUAUAACUGUCCUUGUACAGGCCGGGUUUGUUGUUCAGUGGCUCUAUCGCUACUUCCAAAAGGUCUCGGAAGAAGACUUGCGCGCCAAAAACAUACCAUUUACUCUCGGCAAUGUUCUCAGGAUUGUCUUGAACUAUUUCCUGAUGCCGAUUGUCGCCCUAUCGACGUUUCAGCUCGUCAUCGCUGGCCAGUCACCGGUGUACACGGUGGUGGUCGCUGUCCUGGCUCUGAUUUUGAUUAUCGGAUUUGCAGGUUGGCUGCUUUUUCUUGUUGCCAAGACCAAGCCUCGAGCUUUCCUGUUUGACGACCUCCCGACGCUUCUCCUUUAUGGCCCGCUGUACAACACUUACUCGGACGAAGCCGCAGCUUUCACUAUGAUCCCUGUGCUGUUGAAUUUCGUCCGCGGCAUAGCAGUGGGAGCCGUGCAGCCUUCUGGCGUCGCCCAGGUCGUCAUUCUUGCUAUCUGCGAGGUGAUACAUGUCCUUACGCUGCACGCUUUUCGACCGUUUCACUCAGCGACAUCCAUGAAUGCUUACCACACGCUUUUCUCUGCGCUGCGUCUUGUCACAGUGCUCCUGAUGGUGGUGUUCGUGCCAUCACUCGGUGUUCCUGAGAGUGAAAAGGGCUGGAUCGGCUAUGCGAUUCUCAUCACUCACGCUGGCGUUCUUGUGCUUGGAUUUCUCUUGAACGCAGUCCAAACUAUUGUCGAGGUUGUUGCCCGUAUGCUAGGGGCUGGCGGUGAUGAUAUUCGGGGUCAGUCCCGAGGUGGAUUGUCCAAAAUCUUUGGCAUGAGACAGCUUUCCCGCCGUAUGUCUCGGCGUGAAACCGGCCCAUCUCGCCAAAGCCAGCUCUCAAGUUCUGCCAUGCUGGAUGUCGACGAAACAUCGAAAGCAGGCUACAUCAUGCCUGGUGGACGCAUUAGGAGUGAGUCGGCCGGGAGCAUGGGUGUCAUGAUGCAUCAUCGGCAUAGAAGCUCGUCCGGGUUCAACACCCCUAGCUUUGACGGUCCCGCACGUCCACUGGAGAGCAUUGCCGGCUCUUACACACCCACGACACCGGGAGAAGCCAGCAACUUUUCUUUCCUGCCAUCUCCUGGACACCCCGGUAGGCCCCAGGGUUCCAUGACCAUGCAGGUUCCAGACCCGUACUAUCGACCACCGAGGCAACGGCGCCCUACUAUUGAAACGACCUAUUCACCUACCACCAAGGUGGGGGGGUCAUGGACGAGCAGUGAUUGGGCGCAGAAACGCCUUAGCGAACCUGGGACGGUGCAACUGAACGACCCCCUAGAAAUUGGCACUCAGAUAUCAAGGGAUGCCACACCCGCGCCGUAUGUGGUUCCUUUUGGUCCCACCAGGACUGAUUAUUCCAUGCGAGAAGCGGACUUUUAUUACGGAGUCAGAGGCCAAAGGUUGAACUCGGAUGCGCCGAGUCGCAAGCUGAGGACUGGGCCCGCUGAUCCGACUAGACCAAUGGCUUCUGCGGCGGGUUGGUUCAGGAAUAUGUUUGCGCCUAAAGGCAAGGAUAAGGGAAAGGGCUUUGAAGUGGUCAGAAGUUCACGGAUGCCACCUGCGAUGCAGGCGUUGAAUGGCGGCUUUGAAGACGACCGAGCGCCCCAAGGAAUUCCCGUAGCUAUGGGCGUUCUUCGCAGCGGCCCGAUUGACUCUGACUCUGACGAUGGGACACGGUCAAAGAACGAUGCUCUACGCUCGACAGACGUAGACGUGCCAGAGCAAGAACCCUUGAAUGGCCAAGGAAGCCAGCAGGAUGACGAGCUUGACGGCCUGGGAAGUGCACCAGCUGUUGACGCACCACCCUCAUUAACCGAUGAGGAUACAGGGAUAGCCUCUCGCUCCCCCACCACAUCCGUGAGGCCGGGCCCCAAUAGUUCAUUGCAAAUCGAGGUCCCAAAUGUCCCCAGACGAAGCUCAAAAAGGGAUUCGAACCCCCAGGUCCAGGUGCCACAGUUAUCUUUACCCAGUGAAGCAGGUCGGUCAAGCAAUCUCGCCCCAUCCGGUGCGACCUCUUCGCGGCUUCCCUUCGAACGGACACCCUCGCGGAAGAGAUUGUCUGGGUCCUCCGCGGGGGUCACCGAGGACUUCAGUCAAGUUGAACUAAACGACCGGUCAGGCAGCAGCGACGAAAGACCUGCCGGGUACGGGUUUGUAGCUAAAGGCAGCAUAAACAGGGUCGAUCGUGAGACUGAUCUUUUGGGCACCUCGGCUGAGGUCAUCGAUGAAAGACGGUAG